UAUGCCAAACGAAAUCUUGAAGCAUCGGAUUAAUUACAAGUAUAUGGUGAUAGAAACAGACAAACAUGUAAAGAUCAUGUUUGACAAGUUGGAAAGAAUAGGUGAAGUAACUAACAUUGAGUUGUACAUACAAUUGGAGCCGCGUGCAGUUUGGGAAGAGGAUAUCCAACAAACGACUACAAGCUUACAGGUUAUGGUUCCAGAUGCUCAAUAUGAGUAUUCUACACAUGUAGAGGAUGAUUAUGUUCAUGCCGAUGGUGAUGUUCAUGUUGAUGGUGAUGAUGAUGAUGAUGAUGAUGAUGAUGAUGAUGAUGACUAUGUUGAUGAGACUACUGCCAUUAACAAUGAUGAUGACGAUGAUGACGACGACUAUGUUGAUGAGAAUAUUGCCAUUAAUGGUGAAGAUUUUGUGGAUAGAGAUGAGUAUGAAGACACGAUUGGCAGAGACCUUGGGGACUUUGAGAGGGACAUUGAUGACGAUCAGACAUUGGAUGGUAGUGAACCUUAUGUAGACAAUGUCAUUAGUGUCCAAAACAUUACGAAUACAAUCCCUGCCUACGCACCUCCUGCAUUGUCAUUCUCUGCAAAUACUUGGGAACAUAUGGUUGAUCCUUCACAUAUUGAUAUGCCAUUUGUGUCUACUUGGAGAGAGGGGAUGAAUUUGUGCAAAGGGUUGACUUUUGCCAAUAAAGAGGAGGUGAAGCACGUAUUAACAAUUUGUGCCCUCAAGGAAAACAAACAUUUUACGAUCAUUAGGUCGACGACGAAAAAACUUUGUGCAAAAUGCGUGCAUGAGUCAUGCAAGUGGUAUGUCUGCGCAGUUAUGAAGCCCGAUCUCCACAAACUAUGGAUGGUCACCGUGUAUGUGGGUCCUCACACGUGUAUAGCGACUGGGGUGCGAAAUGAUGGUAGAAUGAUGAGUUGUAAUUUUAUUGCAUCAGACAUCCAUAAGAAGUUAUGUGAGGAUCACACUAUCCCAGUUAAGCAUCUCAGAUCCAUGAUAGAGACGAAAUAUAGUGGGCAGAAGCCUUCUUACUACAAGGUAUGGGAUGCGAAACAAAAGGCGAUUGCGAUGAUGUUUGGGAAUUGGGAAGAGUCUUACCAAAGAUUGCAAAAAUUGCUAAUGGCAUAUAUUGAUCAGGACCCGACUACCCAAGUGUUCUAUCGUAUCACAUCCACCGAUGAAGAUGACACCGUAUUGUUGCAUUAUGUGUUUUGGUCUUUCGGUCCAUGCAUAUCAGGAUUCAAAUACUGCAAGCCGGUUAUCAGUAUUGAUGGGACCCAUCUGUAUGGUAAAUAUCAGGGAAAGUUGUUGGUCGCAAUGGCAACUGACGCUAACAACAAGGUAUUCCCUCUCGCGUUUGCUGUUGUGGAUUGUGAGUCAGGGUCCAGUUGGAGGUGGUUUUUACAGUGCCUCCGAGAUACGAUUGGCCACGUGAUACCUAAGGAAGGCAUUUGCAUAAUUUCUGACCGACAUCUCGGUAUCAAAAACGCCAUUGCAAACUGGCCUAGAAGGGAAGAUGGAAGUACACCAGUAUUUCAUAGAUAUUGCCUUCGACAUGUUGUUAGCAACUUCAACACCCAUUUUCAGAACUCAACUCUAAAGUCAACGGCGUUGAAAGCGGGAUAUGCUACUCAGGUGGAAAUUGAGGCCAUUAGGAAUAAGAAGAAGGUGACGGGGAAGGAUGGCAAGGAAAAGAAUCAAGAUUAUCUUCCAUACACAUACCUAAUGGGCGAGUCUGUGGAUAUGUGGAGCCAGUCACAUGAUGGUGGGAGACGUUUUGGGGCAAUGACAACCAAUAUAUCAGAGUGUUUCAAUGGUGUACUGAAAGGUGCACGAGGUCUUCCUAUUGCCGCAUUAGUUGAGUUCACUUGGAACAAAGUUGUUCAAUAUUUCCAUGACCGGCGUAAAGAAUACCAUUUUGAGUUCUCAGAGGGUAAGAAAUGGAGUGAAUAUGCCAAUCGUACGUGGGAUGCAAAUAAGUGUAAAUCUGAGAAACAUUAUCUCAAGCCAUUUAGCAAUGAAGAGCUGAUAUUUCAAGUAGUUACCCAACUCAACACAUGUAGCGCAGGAGGGGGAAACCACAGUUAUGAAGUUCGGUUACAGGAAAAAAAAUGCAGUUGUGGGAAAUGGCAAAACAUAGGGAUCCCCUGUUCACAUGCAAUUAGAGUAUGUGACUAUUUACAUAUUGAUUCGACCACAUAUAUUCACCCAUGUUAUGGCUUGAACAAUGCCCUUAACACUUAUGAGCAUGCAUUUGUGAUUCCAAAGUCGCAGUCGUUGUGGCGGGAUCCCAUAGGGCCAAAGUGGUUGCCUAAUCCAGCAUUGUUGCGGGCUAAAGGUCGACCAGUGAAGUCGAGAAUAAGGAAUGAGAUGGAUGGGGUAAGGAAUAAGAAUCGAGAACCGGGAUGGCGGAGGGAGGAUGCAGAUUUCAUAGAGAGUCAACCCAAGCAGACAUGUGGACUGUGUCAUGUUUCCAGGCAUAACCGCAGAAAAUGUCCGCAGUCCCGUGGCGCUUCCACCAGCGGUCAUGUUCCAGACUAGGUAGGUAGAUGGCAA